AUGAAGAAAGUGAUUUUUAUACUCUUGCCUUUCUUCUCAAACAGUGCUCGGUGGUAUUUAGCUAAUCCGUGGUCCAGAGACAAAAUUAAACAAGAAUCAACCAUUUAUCCGCAGUAUAAUGCUUCAAUGAUUACCACACCAGAAUACAUCAGUGAUGGAGGACACUACUACUCGCAAAAAAUAAGUGCAGAUAAUAAUAUAAAUGCUGUGAGUAAAGGUAAUAGUUUACCAGAAGAUUUUGGAAAGGAAAACUAUUCUCAAUACACCAGUUUAAAAAACCAGAGACAAAAGAAUAAUUUGCGAAGAUGUGUACAACGUAAGAGGGUAAAAAAUUCUGGAACUAAAGAAAACAGGACUUCUUAUGGAAGAUUUUUGGAGGUCUUUGAGGUGGUUGAGUUCGACCAUCUGCCUUGUAAAUCUUCUAGCGGAUUAGACGGAACAUGUGUCCAUGAAUUUGACUGCCGUAAAAAUGGGGUACAAUUCACUUGCGAUACCAGAUCUGCAACACCUACGGGUUGGUUUACAAAUGAUGGGUUCCCUUUACCCAGUUACGAAAGGUUAUCCUGCACAGUUACCUUUGACAAAGUGUGGCCUGAUGUUAAACAGAUUCGGCUUGAUUUUCUUAGUUUUGAGAUGCUGCCACCAACCUUUGGCAACUGCGAGCGAGAUCAAUUUAUAAUUACAGGACAAAACAUAAACAACAUAAUACCGAUUUUAUGUGGAAUCAACACUGGACAACAUGUUUACAUUGAAGUUGGUAAUGCAGUCGGUCCAAUUAAUAUUUCCAUUCAAACUGUAACCACUGACAAUCGCCUCUUUGCUAUAAAGGUGACUCAGCUUCGAUCUACCCAUCCUUUAGCAGCACCUACAGGAUGUCUUCAAUAUCAUUUAAAACCGCAAGGAUAUUUGGAAUCAUUUAACUAUCGGGAUACAUCUGAAAUUGUGUUCGGAAAGACUUCUAGUUAUUUGAAUAAUCUAAACUAUGCAAUAUGCAUACAACGGUCGCCAGAUGCAUGCAGUACUACAUAUACGAAUGUUGGGUCCAUGCAGAUUGUUAACUUCGAUUUUGACAAUCUACCCAUAAUACCGCCACGGCAGGCAGGGGUAGAAAUAUAUAACUGUCCAUCGGAUUGGCUGCUAAUUGCAGCAGUUCGGCUUUGUGGAGACCGCCUCAACGACGGUUCAACUAUACAGGACUUUUCUUUAGACGCCCCGGUAGUAGACGAUGGUGUCGGUCCAAUCGUUAUUUGGUUUCGAACGGACAGCGUUUAUACGGGUCGCGGCUUCAAGUUAAGUUAUCAGCAGAAUUCGUGUUCUAAUGAGAGAAUAUGUAUUUUUGUUAGUAAUCCUGAAUAA